UGUUGCUGUACAGAGUAUAUAGCUAGCUACAUGACAGUUAGAAAGGCAUCUUUGAUGUGCGCGUUGACUGCCAGCUCUCGGCUUCGUCGUCGGCACCGCCCGCCGCCCGACUCCCGAUCCGGCUAUGUUGAUGCGGGGGAAAACGCGCAACGGCGGAAAUUCCGCGCCAUCAUACUGCUGCCGCACGGGCCAGCGCCAAGCCGGAAACGCCGGGGAAGGUUUGCAGUGGUGUGGGGUUUGGCGUUGAGCCCGGGCGCGCCGGCCAGCUUCGGGAUGUGCAGCUUUCUCAUCAUCGCCCGUCGUUAGUCGCAAUUGCCGCUUCGCGUUUAAGGGGUCGUAUACUGUAGCCGGCGUGGCCGCAGUCAGAGAUUCUACCUUCGAUGAAGCUUAGUUAUGCAUAGAAAUAUGCUUGGCUUUCGUCCCUCAGAAUGGGAUUCUGAGCUGUAGAAUCAUCGUGUGCGGAAUUCCGUACGAAUCACACCUCCGCGCUCAGCGAGAUUCUAUACGGGCCUGUGGGUAAAUGCGGGGACGCCCCAAGUCAAAUAGGUUGAGACGGCAGCACCUGUUACGUAUUUUCUCACGAACUCCCGUGGCCUCCAUUCAUGACGCUGAGUCGAAAUUCCGGCCUUUGCAUUGUUGGGUAUUUAUUUGAUCCCGGUACGACCUUCCUUUCUUUUCAGGACUCGCUGUGACCCGUAGCUGCAGACUCGGAUAUUGCACAACCUAUUCGGUGGCUGGAUUAGUUCUCUGCAUGUAGGCUCAGGGAAGAGAGCACUCCUCCGAAUUCGCUUGCAGCGGCCCAUCGGUAUCUCCACCCCGGUCAGCCAGCACCUCAAUUUGCUCGUCUUUAUCGAACAUUCCGUUUCUGUCAUUGCCAUCCUUGGUCUGAAUCUCUGAGAGCGGUGGUGCACAGGUUGCCAAACAUGGGUUAUCAGACGAUAGCCAUCGCCGUCGUGGCGGUGGUCUACUUUGUGAUCAAGCAAUUGAAUAAGACCGACAUCCCGAAGAUCAAGAAUCUCCCGGAGAUUCCAGGCGUACCGAUGUUUGGGAACCUGAUACAGCUCGGAGACUCCCACGCGAAAAAGGCCCAAGGCUGGGUGAAGAAAUACGGAGAGGUCUUCCAGGUCCGACUUGGUAAUAAAAGAAUCAUUUUUGCAAACACGUUUGACUCCGUCAAACACUUUUGGAUCACUCACCAAUCAUCCCUAAUCUCCCGCCCAACUCUUCAUACUUUCCAUACCGUCGUCUCAAGUUCACAGGGGUUCACCAUUGGCACUUCUCCAUGGGAUGAAUCUUGCAAGCGCCGCCGGAAGGCCGCUGCCACCGCUCUUAACCGUCCUGCGGUUCAAUCAUACAUGCCAAUCAUCGACCUCGAAUCCACAGUCAGCAUCAAGGAGUUGCUGAAUGACAGCAAAGAUGGAACCGUGGACGUGGACCCCAACCCAUACUUCCAGCGCUUUGCCCUUAACACUAGUUUGACCCUGAACUACGGUAUCCGCAUCGAUGGCAGCAUCGAAGACGAACUCUUGAAGGAAAUUUGCCAUGUCGAGCGCGUGGUCAGCAACUUCCGAAGCACCAGCAACAACUGGCAGGAUUAUAUUCCGUUGCUGCGGCUAUGGCCCAGCCGCAACAAUGAAGCCAAGGAGUUCAGAGAGCGUCGUGAUAGAUAUCUGUCCUUACUCUUGGAUAUGCUGAGAGACCGAAUUGCGAAGGGCACCGAUAAACCAUGUAUUACCGGAAAUAUUUUGAAGGAUCCAGAGGCCAAGCUCAAUGAAGCUGAGCUCAAGUCUAUCUGUUUGACUAUGGUGUCCGCCGGUCUCGAUACCGUUCCCGGCAAUUUGAUUAUGGGGAUCGCUUAUCUCGCCUCUGCGCAUGGCCAAGAGAUCCAGGAACGCGCUUAUCAGGAGAUCAUGAAGGUCUACCCCGAUGGCGAUGCCUGGGAGCGAUGUCUCGUCGAAGAGAAAGUCCCUUACAUCACGGCCUUUGUCAAGGAAGUUCUCCGAUUCUGGACCGUCAUCCCCAUCUGCCUACCACGCGUCAGUAUCAAGGACAUCGAAUACAAGGGAGCAACUAUCCCCGCUGGAACUACUUUCUUCAUGAACGCCUAUGCCGCCGACUAUGACGAGAACCACUUCAAGAACCCUUACGAAUUCCGCCCCGAACGCUACCUCAACGUCUCCGAUGGUGCAGGAACACCACACUACGCCUACGGCGCUGGUAGCCGCAUGUGCGCUGGCUCCCACCUCGCCAACCGAGAACUCUACACCGCUUUCCUGCGCCUCAUCUCCGCGUUCCGAAUCGUUCCGGCGAAGAACCGCGCUGACGAUCCGAUCUUGGAUUGUCUCGAGGCCGGUAUCAACAAGUGUGCUUUGACGCUUGAUCCAAAGCAGUUCAAGGUCGGAUUUAAGGUGAGAGAUCGCGCGAAGCUGGACGCCUGGAUCCAGGGAAGCGAUGAGAGGACGAAGGAUCUAUAAAGCCAAAGAGGAAGGCAAAAAAAAAAAAAAAAGAAAGAAAGAAAGAAAGAAAGAUAUUGGCAAAGAUCAAAGGUAGGACGAUUGUUUUGAGGAUUGGGUACAGAGUACAUAUGUGAAAUGAACCUCAUGUUUUCAUGACUUAAAAUGGGAGACGGGGCGGGGCUUGCAUGCACAAUGUCUUGCAAGGCAUGUAUGAAAUAUCUUAUAUUCUCCGGAUAUACGGAGUACAUAUAUGUGCAUAUCUUAACCUAAGCUGAGAAGAACAAGGACUUCGGGAGUC